UUCCACUCUGCAAUUAUUCAUGACUAUGUUGUGCUGGGACUUGUAGUGCCUCACUGUGUAUUUAUUACUUGAUUAUGCUGGGAAUUGUAGUGCUUCACAGUGUAAAUAUUCCUUUUAGGUUAUGCUGGGAACGGUAGUCCUUCAGGGUUCCAAAUAUUACAUUCUAGCUUUAUUGUUCAUAAUUGAGUAGGUGAACAGCGCCCCCAUCUGGAGCCGCUCCAUUUAUGGGAUCAUGCACAUCUGUAAGGAGCGCGGAGGGAUCUCAGAGUUCUUACACCGUUCUCUGAUGAUGAGUAAAGACAAGAUGGAGGUGACGGAGAAGAUCCUGAGCCUCACCCUGGAGAUCAUCUUCCUGCUGACCGGAGAGGAUUUUGUCUUUAGUAAGAAAAAGAACAACCAGACCUCAGAUGACUGCCAGGCAUGUUUAUCAGAGGGAUCGACCAAGGAUCAGAGUCCCUGCAAGGAAAGUCCACGUCUGGGGAAGACCCCUGAAGAAGAGACUCCAGAACCCAGCGAGACCACCCACAGUACAGCGGAGGAGGUUCCGGUGCGGUGCGAGGACGUCGCCAUCUUCUUCUCCAUGGAGGAAUGGGAAUAUCUGGAAGGACAUAAAGAACGUUACAAGAAUGUGGUGUCAGAGAGACAACAAUCUACUGGCUGUGACAGGGUUAAUACUGCAGAAAAAGGGAAAUACCUUAAUAACAACAUCCAGGUGGACCCGGCCACCGACAUUACUGAGGCCCCCUCCACAGGUGGAUGUAUGUUUACAAACCCCCCCGAAAGCUGCAUGAGCCCCCUCUUCUUUCGGAAAUGCAUGGAGGAUGAUGAAGGGAUGGGGACACAGAAAUACCAGGCUCAUUCGGAGGAAGAGAUAUCACCGCUCCAGUGUAAAGUGGAAGACGUUCCAGUGGAGAUCAGCUCAGAUGACGACAGUCCAGGAAUCACCGUGAGCCCCGAAUGUUCCCAGGACCGUAUAGAAGAUGAUAAGAUGAUCCAUCAGAUACAAAGAACUGGAGACGACAUGUUACCUAACUGGGGCGGGGACGGACCGCAUCCUCCCAAGACCAGCUCAGGUCUACCAACCAGCUGGGAAGUCCAACCAGACUCCCCUCACCUGUUAAUCCCUGUCCUUCCCAUCCACCAUAAUGGAGUUAACUCAAGUAAUCAUGAAGGGAGUAUGUCCAGCAGCAGUCCCCCGAUGGUGAUAAUGGUAGAACCCAAGGUUGUUCAGGAUGAGGAACCGACUCUGAAAUGCAAAACCCAUCUACCACACCUGUAUUGGCAAAACCCCCAAGUAGAUGCCUCCUCCAGUAGCCCAGAGGUGUAUGGGGAUGUAAACAUACCGCCAGUCCUGGAGACCCCCGCAGUGCACGAAUGCCUACAAUGUGGGCAGAGCUUCCAAGAUGAGGUCCACCUGAUCAUUCACCGGAGGACACACGAUAAAGUAUUCCACUGUGGGGUCUGUCAGCAGAGCUUCACGGACAAGUCCUCUUUGGUGGUCCACAAGAGGACAUUUCACAUUCAGGAACCCAAAAUGAAAGAGAAGAUGAAGGAAAGGCCAUUCUCGUGCGCCGAAUGUGGGAACACGUUCCUGAACAAAUCGAGCCUGGUCAAGCAUCGGAGGAUCCACACAGGCGCCUUCGCCUGUCAGGAUUGCGGUAAGUGUCUCUCGGACAAAACCGGUCUCAUUAGACACCAGAGAACUCACACGGGAGAGAAGCCCUAUGCCUGUCCCGAGUGCGGGCAACGCUUUACCCGAAAGUGCCACCUCAUCUCCCAUCGAAAAGUCCACACCAGCGAUGACUCCUUUCCGUCACACACCUGCCCCGACUGUGGGAAAUGUUUUUCGGUGAAGUCGGUCCUGGAAGUACAUCAGGAAUUCCACAAGCGGCACAAGGCCGAUUCCGUGUAAGACGCGGUUACAGUAUGGAUUCUACAAUGUAGCAGCUCGCGGCUGUGACAACGAAUUCCCCUCAAUGACAGACUCUGCCCCUUUAUUGUAUUUGUUUGUGCUCAUAUGGUUGUGUUAAGGUUGGCUGCUCGUUAGGCCUUAAAAUGUGCGUGACUGCCGCUGUAUACUGCUGUGUCGACACAAAUAAUAAACACCAGAAAAAAUGUUGGCAUAUAUCUCCUUCUCAGGAGCCGUCCCAAUGAGUUCUGUUUAUUAUACGGAAGUACAUUGUUUUUUACAUUUGACAAAAAGGGGAGGUUAGUUAUCACGUCAAAAUCAUCAUGUUAUAUUUUGAUUGGUUAUUUGAGUAUUGUGUCUGUAUAUAUUAGCAUAUUCAGCAUUCAUUUCUUUCUUAGCCAUAGGUCAAUAUUCUACCGGAAAAUUCCGGAUGUAUCUGUCCUUCUGCACAGUCUAUCCUUCUUCAAAUGUUUUGUCUCAAACUUCCAACCUCUUCUUUAUCUUGCUUCUUUUGGCCUGGUACCAAGG